AUGUGUGAUCAAGCCCUGUUUAAAUCUGCUUUAAUUUGGCUGGAUCUAGAUCUUGUAAUGUGGAUGCUGUUCACGGAGGCUUUAUUCUCAACGGAAAAACCUGUCUGAUAUAGAAAACUAUAUAAUUUUUUCAAAAUGAGAUCUGUUUUAUUAUUUGUGUUCGUCACAACGUCGCUUCCUGUGUUCCUCGCACAUCCGCUUCCGGAAGACAGACUAGCGGAGGAACUAACUUCCACCACAGUGAUUUCAGUAACCACCACGAUAAAGCCGGUAGCUGAAGAAGCAGCCGCAACGGAAGUGAACAGCGAUAAUGAAACUGAGAUGCUUCUAACUACGCUCACAACAGAAGCCACGGAUGUUACCAGUGCAACCGAGGAAGCUGUUGCCACAAUUAGUAGUGCAAGCGAAGCGACGAUGACGUUGACCUCGAACACCACCGAAGUUACCAGUGCUACCGAAGAUGGUACUGUAACCACGAGUACAACGAGCGAAGUGGUCGUAACCGAUACCACUCUGCGUGCUACUAAAGCAGCUCGGACAAAGAAGCCGAGGACAACCAAAGUGAGGACUCCGUACCGGAGGAACACGACGGUGGCCGCGGUCAAAGCGGAUUUAGAACACGCGGAAGAGAUCACUUCCGAUGGGACGGACGAUAUUGAACUCUCCAUGAAAAAUCUCUUCGAAACCCCGGAAGAACAUGAAGACUAUCGCUACGUAGUGAUUAUCGAUGCCGGGUCAUCCCAUACGGAUCUGGUUAUUUAUGAGUGGCAUGUGGAUAAAAUUAACGGAUCGGGAGUCGUUCAGGAAAAACUUCACAAACAGUGCACAGCGCCAUUGAGCACCUUUCGGGAUACACCAGAAGCCGCCGGACCCAGCUUACGGGAAUGCCUGCAGCAUGCCAGCCUGGAAGUUCCCAAAUCCCAGCACAAGAUGACAAAGGUUUUGCUGGGCGCCACUGCCGGCAUGCGAGUGCUGCGUGAGAACAACGCAGCCCUAGCUGCGGAGAUCCUCAAAUCGGUGGUGUCAUUCAUCCGCAACGAGUUUACCUUCAACGUCUUGGAAGAAAACAUUCAGAUUUUAUCGCCAGAACUAGAAGGCGGGUACUCCUGGAUAUCGAUCAACUACAUCAAAAAAAUUUUUAUCGAUAACGCGAGAUUGCCGACUGAUUCUCGCCUGGUGACAUGGGGAUCGCUGGAUUUAGGCGGGGCUUCCACACAGUUCACAUCGGAGAUCACACCGACAACAACGAAAAAGAUCCGCGCCACGUUUAGGAUCACCCUUUAUGGUCAUGAAUAUAAAGUGUACACCAGGAGUUAUCUCUGUUAUGGGAAAAAUGAAGCUUACCGGCGCUACAAAGCUAUUCUCCUAAGCCAUAAAAACUUCACCGAGCCCAUUGCAGACCCGUGCCGACCCAUUGAUUACGAAACAACCGUGGAGUCUGCCCAGCAUUUCGGACGUCCGUGUAGUAACGGCUCCAUACCUACUCAUCAUCAUAAGGAAAGAUUUUCCGUUCGGGGGAGCGGAGAUGCGGAAGGAUGUCGGCAGCUAGUAUCUGAAUUAUUUCAGAAGAACAUGGAUCUCUCACCUUCCGUUUGUCCCUUCGCUGAUGGGGAAUGCACAUUUAGGGGCAUCGAAAAGGGCAAGGUUGAAGGAAAAUUUGUGGGUUCUGGAGCGCUUUAUUAUGAUACAAAAAAUCUGCGAGUGGUGUCCAACGAAUCAUUUUCCAUUGAUCCUUUUGAUUUUGCCGGUUUUCGGGCAGCUAGGCAAGCCGUUUGUGGGAAAACACAUUCCCAGAUGGAGCGGUUUAUCGAACGACGUCCUGAACUGAAAAGCUUUUUCCUGCGGCAAUGCUUUGAUACAACCUAUCUGGAAGUCUUGCUGGGUGAAGUUUACAACUUGUCCGAUGAAGUUUUGGGGAACACGACAUUUGCCAAAAAGAUUAACGGAAUAGACGUGGGAUGGACGUUGGGAUGGGCAGUUGCAGCUUCCUCAGAUUUACCAAACUCGGGUUAUGAGUCGCUGUAUUUAUACAAUAAGGGAUAACAAUUAUGUAUGUUGUUCUACUAAAAAUUAUUCAGCAAUAAUUCCGAAGCCUUUAA